AUGUGGUUUUAUGCAGAUGAGUUGAAGAGAGCGAAUAGGGAUUCCUCUGUUAGUAUGAAGGUUGAAAGGCCAAUACCAGCUGAGCCACCUAUAUUUGAUAGAUUUUAUGUGUGCUUUGAUGCUUUGAAGACGGGAUUUGUAAAGGGGUGCAAGCAAAUAAUUGGUGUUGAUGGUUGUUUCCUGAAGACAGUGGUUAAGGGUGAACUCCUUGCUGCCAUUGGUAGGGAUGCGAACAAUCAAAUGUUUCCCAUUGCUUGGGCAGUAGUUCAAGUUGAGAGUAGAGAUACAUGGUCUUGGUUUUUGAGUCGGCUUAAGGAUGACUUAAACAUAACUGAUGACUUGGGUUGGUCAAUCAUAUCUGAUCAACAAAAGGGGUUGGUACAAGCGGUAGCUGAGUUGUUUCCUCAUGCAGAGCAUAGAAUGUGUGCAAGGCACAUUUAUGCUAAUUGGGGUGGAAGUCACAAGGGGCCAAAGAUACAAAGGCAAUUCUGGAACAUUGCUAAAUCAACCACUGAAGUCGAUUUCAAAGAAAAUAUGGAGUUACUCCAUAAAAUGUCACCCCAAGCAUAUGAGGACUUGCUGGAAAGACCAAAUCUCAAGCACUGGUGUAAGGCUUUCUUUAAUCCCAUGGUUAAGUGUGACAUUGUCGAUAAUAAUCUGUGUGAAGCUUUCAAUGGGAGAAUACUCGAAGCAAGGUGUAAAUCUAUUUAUUCGAUGUUAGAGGACAUUAGGAAGUUGGUGAUGGAAAGGAUCCCAACUCAGAGAGCAAACUGUGAGAAAUGGACGAAAGAUUUUGGUCCUAGAAUUGAAAAAAAAUUGCAAGAAAAUCUGAAACUGAGUAGGUAUUGUCAUGUUAUUUGGAAUGGUGAAAAUGGUUAUGAGAUCGAAGCUUGGGGCACCAAGUUUGUGGUUGACAUCAAAAAUAAAUCAUGUGAUUGUAGGGCAUGGCAACUUUCUGGAAUUCCUUGUUGUCAUGCUGUCUGUGCCUUAUUACAUAAGGGUGUAGAUCCAAGUGAAUAUGUUCAUAGCUUCUACAAGAAGGAGAUGUUUUUAGAAGCUUAUGGAAAGGUGAUGGAGCCUGUGAGGGACCCCAAGUUUUGGGACCGAAUUAACAUGCAUGAACCACCAAUACCACCUAUCUUGAAGAAGAAGAAAGGCAGACCCAAGAAACUGAGAAAAAAGACAGUGUUGGAGACUACCAUUGGAAACGAUGGGGUUGAGCAAAUGUCUCGUAAAGGUACAGCUAAUACGUGCAGCUUAUGUAGGCAGCCUUGGCAUAAUAGGAGGAGGUGUAAUCUAAGGGCCAAUGACAACACUGAAUCGGCUCCUGGAAGUGUAGGCGAAUUAAUCGUGGCUAGGGAAGCUGAUAUGUCUAGACAGAUAGUGACAGCCAACCAACUUGAAGCCCAAGCACGAAAGAAACUGACCCAGAAAAAGUCAGAGGGGAGCAAAAAGAAAGGACUGCAAAAACGUGUCUGA